AUGAAUCUGGUUAUUCCGUUCUGCGCACAUCCGGAGACGUCAAACAAGAAGUUAUUUUCGACAUUCGCUCGGACCCGACCCCCAGACACACAGAUAUCCAAAUCAGUGGCGUCUGUGUUGUUGACGUUUAAGUGGCAUAAAGUGGUUCUCUUGUACUCCAAGAGCUCAGACCGAGACUUCUCAGCAGUCGCGCGAACCAUACAAAACACAUUACAAAUACAUAACAUCGAUGUGACGCGAGUGAGCACUUGGAGCGAUACCUUUCACUACGGAUACACUGAAAACCCAUUUCAAAGGAUUGUUGAACAGACUUAUCAGACAACAAGAAGUGAGACAUUAUCUCAAACACUAAUUGUUGUUUCCGAUGAUUUCUUAAUAGAAAGCAAUAUUUUUAUUUUCUUUUUCGUAGUCUAUGUAAUCAUAGGUUUCUAUUUUGAACACUUGGGCCUUAUGUUGAGUCUUGAAGAGAGAGGUUUACUAACAGACGGACAAUAUUUUGUAGUCGGCGUUGAUAUUGAACAGUAUGACAGACAACACCCCUCCAGAUAUUUUAAAGGACUACUGAACGAUGACUUUGAAAUCAUAGAAUUGGCUGAAAAGUCAUUUCAGUCAUACAUAGGAGUAGUGCCGACGCCUCCCAUUGAAUUUGAGAAGUUCUCGUUUAAAGUGAACCAGUUCAUGCAAUUGCCACCUUUCAACUUCCCUAACCCCACGUGGGAAUGGGGAGGGCUUAAGAGAGUUCCGGCAGAAGGGGCUUAUCUAUACGAUGCCGUCUAUGUGUACGCCAGAGCUCUUAACGACACCCUCAAAAAUAAUGGAAAUCCUUUUGAUGGAAAACUCAUCUUUAAAUAUAUAAAGAAUAGAGAAUAUAGAAGCGCGAUGGGAUAUAUGGUUCAUAUGAACGAAAAUGGAGACGCGGAGGGAAAUUACACUUUAAUUGCCCGAAAGAAUGCCAAAAGUAAAUCAAUGAAAUUUGGUUUAUAUCCGAUCGGAGUAUUUCUUAUGCCUCAAAACUUAUCAGAAUUACCAAUUCUCGAAUUGAUUGAUUCAAUUGAAUGGAUUAGUGGAAAGCCUCCAUCAGCUGAACCAGUUUGUGGAUUUGAUGGACAGAGUUGUCCGAAAACCCUGUGGAGGUGGGCACUGAUACCAGCGAUUGGCUUCCUUCUAGUCUUAUUACUAGUGUUUGUAAUGUAUAAGAAUUGGAUGUAUGAACAGGAGUUGGACAGCCUUUUAUGGAAAAUUGAUUUCAAAGAAUUGAUUUUUAGUGAAUACACUCCAAUCACUACUAAAUUGAAAAUUUAA